AUGUUCGCCGCAUCGACAACUACAUCUUUCUCCCACUCAGGGACAUUCGCGGACAAUUCCCAUUACAGUUAUACCUACUCGUACACGUCCUACCAACCCUCACCAAGUCCAGCGACAAUUCCUUACGAUGCUUACUUCUCAGAACUGGCCAGCCGAGAACUCGGCCGCCAGAUGCAACUCCCACUCCCGUACGGCAGUAUGAACGACUCUUUGUCUUCUUUCCACGAGAGCGUCAAAGCAGUCCCUCGAUACCUCCCCGAUAGAACAGGACCGAGGAUCGAACUUCUCGGAGACAUCAACGAAGACAGGAUCGAAGAGUUGUCCAUGAAGCCAAAAUCCUCAUACACAGGAAAAUCAAGGCGUGACAGCGCAGUAUCAAUUGCGUCUUCGUCGGCUUCCUCGAGGACGUUGAAGCCUUCCACUCAACAACAACAACAACGUCGCAAAGUGGCAAGCAGAGCGAACACUUAUCCGCUUCCUCUGCCUUUGCCUCCGAUUCCACAACCCAUGCAUUCGAAGAAUAAUUCUCCUUCUUCUGAUACAAGUACGUCUGCGAAGCGGUCUUCGAAGCGGCAACAGCAAGAUUGGGCGCUUGUUCAGUAUCCUACUAUGCCGUCAGCGCGACGAAGUGAAGUUGCUCCGGAGGAUUCUAUUUCGCAGGUUUCGUCGAGUGGGAGGAGGUCGAGUGCUGGCUCUCGAUAUCAGUAUGUGCCGCCGGAGGAGAGGAGGGGAAGGACGAGGACGAGGGGUGAGACGUGGGAGAGUGUGGUCAGUGGAUGUCAACAGCAGCAGCAGCCACCGCCGUCGAUGAUGAUGAUGCAGCAACCUGUUCCGAGUGGGAAAUUUGAGACGAGGGUUAUUACGCCCUGGGACUGA